CGGGAAUUCCGAAGGAGGAGUCUGCGCGGCGCGCGCGCCCAAGCCGCGCCCUCGGGGCGGCUUCCUUGGCUGUCAAACCUCAGCGGGAGCGCGGGGCGCAGGGUGCGUAGUCCCUUCCUCAGUUUACCCCGCGAGCGAAAAAGGAAAGGAUUGUCAAAGGCUCCCGGAUGUUGAGCGGCCUGAGGAUUCGGCUUUACUGAGGUGCCGCAAGACGUCUUCCUGGUUUUGCAUCUCAUCUGGACUUUCCUGGAGUUGCUUUUUAGACCUCAUCUUGACAGCCUCUGCCGCGGUGCAUAUCCAGGCCUCUGGCGCUCUGAAUCUGCACUUAAGUUGGCAUUACACACAAUACUUAGCUGUUGACAUCGGAGAGAACUGAAGCCCACGGUGCUUUAUCCAGGACUAGGAGAGGACAUGGACUGCUGAAGUGGGCGAAGUGGUGCACAGGGGGCACCCCCCAUGCUGCCCUGUUUCCAGCUGCUGCGUAUCGGGGGCGGCAGGGGCGGUGACCUCUACACCUUCCACCCCCCAUCCAAGUCUGGCUGCACCUAUCGGUUGGGCUGCAGGGCCGACCUGUGUGAUGUGGCCCUGCGGCCCCAGCAGGAGCCCGGCCUCAUCUCUGGGGUCCAUGCAGAGCUGCAUGCUGAACUCCAAGGGGACGAUUGGAGGGUCAGCCUGGAGGACCACAGCAGCCAAGGGACUUUGGUCAAUAAUGUCCGGCUCCCAAGAGGCCACAGACUGGAGUUGAGUGAUGGUGACCUUCUGACCUUUGGCCCCCAAGGGCAAGCAGGAACCAGCUCCUCGGAGUUCUACUUCAUGUUCCAACAAGUCCGGGUCAAACCUCAGGACUUUGCAGCCAUAACUGUUCCUCGGUCUAAGGGAGACGCCGGGGGUGGUUUUCAGCCUAUGCUGCCCCCACAAGGGGCACCUCAGAGACCGCUCAGCACCCUCUCCUCUGCCCCCAAGGCCACACUGAUUCUCAAUUCCAUUGGCAGCCUCAGUAAGCUCCAGCCCCAGCCUCUCACCUUCUCCCGUGGUGGGAGCAGGCCACAGGGCCUAGCUGUUCCCACUCAGCCAGGGGAAGUGGGAGCUCCGCCCGCUCCGCCCACAAGAAACCGGAGGAAAUCAGCUCAUAGAGUGUUGGCAGAACUAGAUGAUGAGAGCGAGGUUUCCCCAGGGCCCUUAUCAGUCCUAAUGGAGCCCAGGAAGAAGCUCCGUAUGGAAAAGGCCACUCUGAUAUCCAGUGGGGAAUGACCACAGGGAACGGCCCACUGCUAUAGACUGACUUGACUCAAGAGUGGAGAACGAGGCUUACGGCUGAAGUGACAGAAAAGAUGGUUUCCUGCCAAAGAUGUUGCAGCCUCCAAGUUACCAGUGAGCUGCAAUUCCAGUAACAAUAAAGCCUUGUUUCCAUGGAUGCCAGGAUAACGGCAGCUAGAUCGUCAGUCACAGAAACCAUCCCUAGAAGGUGUAAGAGGGAACGCUAAAUGUUUUUAUUUUGCUGAAGCCAGCAUACUAGGCAAGUGCUCUGCCACCGAGCCACACCCUAACCUACUAACCACCUUCUUGAAUGACAUCAGCUAAAGCACCCUGAAGGACCCAGGGCACGGCCCCAAGGCUUCCUCAUGCCCGGCUAGCUAGUACUACCACCAGCUGAGUCUGUGACUAGCUUUUCAGAGCUUUGCCUUUAUUCCAAAUAAAGAAUAAACUGCUUCACCUACA